UGGGUGACGAGAAGAUGCGAUCCGCGCAGGACCCACAACGCCACAUCAGUAAUUCCCCCCGUUGGAUGAAUAACCCAAUUGUUACAAUACAGAAUUUUUGUGGAUGGGAACUCUAGACGGCGGUGGACAGAGCGCGGAGGAAGAUGAAGACGGGACCGGGAGCUGAAAUGAAGUCCACUGUGGUGAAGCAGGAGAAAGAGGAGGAGGAGGAGGAGCUGAUUUUGGGAUCCAUAGAAGCGCAGGAUUAGUGGGUGUACGCUCCUGGUGCAGGCCAGAGUGCAGGUUCACUCUUGCUUUUCCCCGCUGAUGCGACUGGUGCUGGUGCUGCUGCGGGUGCCGUUGCCGGGCGUGGCUUGCAGGUUAACGACGACGCCAUGGCCUGGCGCGGCACAGGACCCAGCUCGCCAGCGUUUACCCAGGAGGCAGCAGCAGCAGCAGGAGCGCGUUGGUGCAGGGUUCAGGGCCAUGGCGUCGACGAGGCAUUGCUUCAGUGCCCUGCGUCCCUUGUUGUGAAUGCGUAAUCCAUUACUACAGUUGUCGCUAGCCGAGGAGGAGGAGUCCACCCGCUUGCGUCCCUCAGUGCUUUCAUGUGUUCGACUGGCUCGCGUGACCCCACCAUCUCCUUCGAUCGUUGUCGCGUGUGUUUUAUGAUAGAUCGGCUUUCUUCUUCUGGAACCUGGUAGGCCGCAAUCUUGUACAGGAGCCCACCUUUAGGGACUUUUUCGGGGGCAGUACCAGGAAUAGGAGGCAUUUAUGGUGCCAUCCAGAGUAGGAACCUUUUCUUUUCCCUCCUGAUAUUGCAGAAUAAAAAGUCCAAGUGCAGUUGAUGAUUGUAUGCAUCUCCCCGCCCCCCUACCCCCCUCCUUCCCCUGAGACCCGUGUGCGUGUAACGACGCUGCGAGAAGCGUAGCACGAGAUGUUUAGUUUUUCCAAUGUUGGGAGCUCGAUGUUUUGCUUUCUGUUAUUUUUUUUACUUUAUGGGUGGUCAUGGUUAUGAGUGUAGCUGUAGUACAAUUAGAGCUGUCGAGGUGGUAAUGUAAUCGUGGUGGUGGUGGUGGUAGCUGAUGGCGAGGGUUGUAGAGCGGUUGCUGAUUAUGAUAGCCGCAGAGUCGCUUUCGUUUGCCACGCUUACUGUAUGUGAAGGCUGACCUUCUCUCUCUCUGUCUCCCUGUCUCGUCAAUCAAUCCAGUGGCCUCGCAGGCCCUACGCCGUAGUUUCCAGCUUUCUUUGGCUGUGCACUUCUGGCAGGCGGUUUGCAAAGCUGGGUACACAAUAUAUGCUCGUUGUUUAAGCUGUGAUCUGAAUACAUGAGCUUAUUAAUCCUCGUUUACCUUCUUUCCUGUACAAGUCCGAGUGAGUCUGUCAUCCUCUCAGCUCAGAGUUCUUUCGUAACCUAUUCGGAGGACUGUCGAUCUGUUGCAGAGCCGAAGGCAAAUUGGUUUUUCGUCGAGAGUUUUCUUUUCUUUUCUUUUCUUCAAUAUGGUUUUUCAUUCCGCCUUCACCUUCUGAGUGAUUUUCUUACUCAUCGCAUCAGCUGUUGUAUCCCUACCCAGCAUCUUGGUUCUUCGUUCCGCAAACUCCAGGAACAGGGACUCCAGCGCUGAAGCUUUCUGGAAACAGAAAAAUGAAGCUUCAUUUGUUGCCCGGGGCUGUGUCAGCAGAGUUGGCCAUUGCAGAGAAAGAGGGCUUGCGGGCUGAUAACUCAGAUAGCUUACGAGGCCAUUUUCGUUCUUUGAGUGCCCCAGAGAAGGCUUCGAAGCAAUCAUCCUCUUGGGAUUUUUCUCCUCGCGGUUCUCUGAAUCAAGCACUAAAGGAGAGCAUACAAAGCUGGAGGUGGAAGAUGAAGUUCAAGGGCACAGAAGAUAGGAAGAAAAGGGUUCUCAACACCCGCCGAACUGCGCUUGAGAAUGAUGUAGCUAAGCUCCAGACCAAGCUCGAAGACGAGAAAGCUGUGAGGCAAGGUCUUGAGAGAGCGUUGGGUGGGGUUGAAGGCAUAUCACCACCUCAAAUUUCCCUUCCCAAUCUAGAUCCUCAAACGCAGAAAUUAAUCACAGAAAUUAGUUCACUUGAGAGGGAAGUCACGCACCUGGAGCAACAUGUCUUAACUUUAUACCGGAAAGUGCUGGACCAGAAGCUAACAGAUCAACGGCAAGGAAGUCGCUCGGAGCCUUCCAGUCCGUAUGGCCACACGGAGAAGAAAUACGCCGUGGCACAGCGUGGGGAAGCACGGUACAAAGCAGAGAAGAAGAUGAGGGAUCCUCAGCCCUGUAAUGUAUCUCCACAACACCGACGGAAUGGUUCAGCGGCAGCUUCACAGGGCGCCAAGCGACCACACUCAGCGAUCUCAAAUGACCUCCUCAAAGCCCGCCAUACCUCUUUGCUCGGUGGCGGUUCCCACUCUAUCGACGAAGAACCCCGAGAGAAGCAGGACUUUUCGAGAGAUCUACCCAUCGUCUCCAACGAAAAAGCUACACCGCCGAGGCGCUCAGUGAGUGCAUUUAACCCUGGAAAGGCAUAUCCAUCCUUCCAAGUAGUAUCCAUUCCUGAACAUUUCAAUCGCAAGAGCGUGAGCAACGCAUCCGACACGUCGACCGAUCCAAAUGACAGCUUGGAAGAGCCCGCCACUAACCCAAACAAGCUGUCCGAGGAGCUAGUUCGGUGCAUGGCCGCCAUUUACUGCAAACUCGCGGACCCUCCGUUGCCAAAACUGGUUGCUAUCUCUCCUUCGUCUUCGACCUCGUCCACCACAACUGCUUCUUCGUCUCAUGAUGUUUCCAACGGUAGUUGGAGCCCCCGCUGGAGGACCGAAAGCGCUAACUCAUGCGAAUUGUCUGGAGAGCUGCCGAGCAAUGCAUACAAGGACCACCACAGGGAAGGCAGCUCAGGUUUCUGUGGCUCCAUGGUUGAAGUUCCCUGGAUUUGUGUCGAUAAAGACCGUCUUACGUAUGCAGCUCGUGCUCUUCGCAACUUCAGAACAAUGGUAGAGCAGCUGGAGCAGCUGGAUCCGGGGCAAAUGAGUCAUGAUCAGAAGCUUGCCUUCUGGAUCAAUGUUUACAACGCCCUCAUGAUGCAUGCAUAUUUAGCCUAUGGAAUACCGCGGAACAGGUUGAAGCAGUUGUCGCUGCUGCAAAAGGCCGCGUACAAAGUGGGUGCUCACUCGAUCAACGCGCAGACCAUCGAACACAUCAUCCUCGGCUGCCGCUCCAUCCGUCCGUCACAAUGGUUUCAUUCCCUUCUAUCGCAGGCCACGAAGUUCAAAUCCAGCGACGAACGGCGCGCUUACGGGUUGCACGCACCGGAGCCGCUUGUAUGCUUCGCGCUUUGUUGCGGGGGUCGCUCCGACCCUGCGAUUCGCGUGUACACAGCCAAGAACGUGAAGUCACAGCUCGAAUCAGCCAAGCUGGAGUUUCUGCAAGCGAACGUCGUGAUCCGCGGCGAAAGCAAGGUUCUAUUGCCUCGGAUUCUCGAGUGGUACGCGCGCGAGCUGGGGCUGAACCCGUCGACGUUACUGCAGCUGGUGUACCAGAGCGUGCCGCUGGAGAUGCAAGCUCGCAUCCGGCAAUGCAUUCAAGCCAAGCCCCACAAGAGCCCCGCGCAUUGCCUGCAAUGGAUCCCUUACCACUUCGGAUUCCGCUAUCUCUUCGUCCGCGAGCUCGCGCUCCAGUUUCCCGCUUCCGCCCAGUAGGGCGCCGUAUCUGAUAGUGACCUGGUAGCGUCCUGGUAGUGUUCCGGUAGCUCUCUGGUAGUGCCAUGGUCGUUUUCUGAUAGGCCCUUGGAAAGGUUCUGAUUGCUUCCAGUUGAGUGGUGGCAAUUCGCACUUGUAUUCAGCUGUCAUUGAAAUGGCGAGAUAGUUUGUGAAUGGAAUUAAUUUGGAGAGAUGGAGUUGGUGCAAAUUGGUGGAAAAGAGGAUUAAGAGAAAUAGGGGCUUACUUGAACUCUUG